CGGCUUACCACCGAGGCGUCUGUGCGCUGCAACUUCAGAUCUUUUUUCGCCAACUAUCAGCCGCAUAACGUGAGCUUGCCGGCGCGAAAACGGAGGCUGGCGACUUCGCGAAGGAAUAGAGACAGCAGACGGCUACGGCUACGGCAACGGCAACAGACUCACGCCAAAAGUCGGGCUCAGCAAGGCGGUGACUUGCAAUUGCUGUGCGACAGGCGGCAGCCAUGGCCGGCCAGGGGAUGAAGAGCCUGAGCGAGGCCUUGCGAGGCCUUUGUCUUGCAGCGCAGCCGUGCAGGACAUUACCUAUCCGGCAAACCCCCGUGGCGUGUAGGAGAUCAAUGGCUACAGCAAUCGACUCGCAAGCCGCCAACAUUACAAGAUCCGUCACCGAGCCGUGGAAUCCUCUGACCAGCGUACCCCUAACCAUCUACUCCUUCCCCUCGCUCGAGCCUCGGUCCCUCGAGUCCUGGUCCACGAAACAUCUCCACCUCCCUCUUCGCCGCGACAUCCUCCACCUGGCUGUCGUCUACGAAGGUGACAAGACCCGCCAAGGCACAGCCUCGUCCAAGACGCGCUACGAAGUGCACGGCUCGCACCGCAAGAUCCGCCCGCAAAAAGGGACCGGCCGCGCGCGCGCCGGCACCAGGCAGUCGCCGCUGUUCCGCGGCGGCGGCAAGACGUUCGGCCCCAAGCCGCGCGACUUCAGCACUAAACUCAACCGCAAAGUCUACGAUCUCGCGUGGCGGACUGCGCUCUCGUACCGCUACCGCCGUGGCGAGCUGAUUGUGACCGAGGACGGGCUGGAGCUGCCGCUGCCCGACGACUUCCUGCAGCUGGCCGAGGCCGGCGCUCUCGGCCGCGAGCUCGAGGACGGCUUCGUCCGCAAGUACGUCAACGAGCUGAUGGCGACGCUGCAGUGGGACAAGGCCCACGGCCGGACCACGUUUAUCACGGGCGACAGGCGGCCGAACCUGUUUACGAGCAUGGACAUUGCGGGGGAGUCGGGCCGGGCGCUGGAGCUGGAGGAUGUCGACGUUAAGGACCUGCUGGAGACGGGCCGUAUUGUGAUCGAGCGGAGCGCGCUCAGGGAGAUGAUCAAGCAGCACUCGAGCGAUCUCAUCUCGCGCGUGGUCGUCAACGGGCUGCGCAAGAAGCCAGAGCUGGGGCAGGUGCUUGUCCGGUGAGAAGGGAGCCAGGCGGGUUUGAUUUUCAUGUAUUAUAUCUACAUACACGCGCCAUCGACGGCUUGGCAGCUUGGACGGCCUUUUUGCCAUUGACGCAGCAACUGUAAAAUGUAUCGUAUUCUACCUUGCGGUGUCAUCGAGACCGCCAUCAUUUCCCGUUUCAAAGCCUGUUGCGGCGAUCCCCUGGCCCAGGCCCCUAACGAGCGCAAUACCUACAGAUUCGGAG